AUGGAAAAAUCCCCUGUCGCUUCCUCCUUCGAUGUCGAGUCGCACUCGACACCACACCAGCAUGGCGGUGGUCUUCCCGCCCCGGACGACUCCGGCAAUGUCGACGACCCGCCGCCUAUACCGAGCGCGGGCUCGUCCAGCGUCGGAUCUGUUCUCUUGAAGAACGAGAAAGACGUGGACGGAGCUCGCCGUACCAACAAUUCAUCAAUCAUUUCCAUCGAUCCCAAUGAUGGAACCUCGGAGAUUCAUGCCCGUGCGCAUGCUCUUCCCGCCGAUACUGUGGCAAGCAUUCUCGGGACCGACACCGAUAACGGCCUGAGCACAACUGAAGUAGCCCAUCGUCAAGAGCAGUAUGGCUCAAAUCGUCUCCAGACCUCAGGCAGCGUCAUCUGGUGGAGGAUCCUGCUCCGCCAGGUGUCAAACAGUCUCACGCUGGUUCUGGUGAUCGCCAUGGCUCUUAGCUUCGGCACCAACGACUGGAUUGAAGGUGGAGUCAUCACUGCUGUCAUCUGCUUGAACGUGGUCGUGGGAUUUUUCCAGGACUACCGCGCGGAGCAAACGAUCGCUUCUCUUCUCGCCAUGGCCGCUCCAGUCUGCAAAGUCAUUCGUGACAACGGUACCCUGCUCUCAAUCAAAGCUGAGGAACUUGUACCUGGUGAUGUGAUCCAACUUGGUAUCGGAGACAUUGUCGCUGCCGAUCUUCGCCUCACAAGCACCAUAAACUUCGCCAACGAUGAGGCCCUCCUGACCGGAGAGUCCAAGCCUUCGGUGAAGGAUGCUGAAUAUCUCUCGGACAGACUUGACACUCCGAUUGGAGAUCGCAUCAACAUCGCGUACUCCUCUACCACUGUGACGAGAGGUCGUGGUCAGGGCAUUGUCAUUGGCACGGGAAUGUCGACCGAAAUUGGAAAGAUCGCUCUUCUUCUUCAGGACAAGAAAGAGGUCUCUACUGGGCCAUGGUACCAACGCGCUGGCAAGAGGUCCCUCACUGCCAUCAAGAACGUUCUCGGUCUGGUCGGUACUCCUCUUCAAGUCAAGCUUUCUUGGUUCGCUCUCUUCCUCUUCGGUCUGGCCAUUGUCCUCGCGAUCAUCGUCUUCGCCGUCAAUCUUUUCGACAUCGACGACGAGACUUUGAUCUACGGUAUCUGUGUGUCUGUCGCCGUCAUCCCGGAGUCGCUCAUCGCUGUCUUGACAAUCACGAUGGCCGUAGGAUCGAAAGCAAUGGCAAAAGGAAACGUUAUCAUCCGAAAGAUGGGAGCUCUUGAAGCCAUUGGUGGUGUUACAAACAUUUGCUCUGACAAGACUGGAACGUUGACUCAGGGCAAAAUGAUGGCUCGCAAAGCCUUCCUUCCAAGCGGCCGUAUGCUUCAAGUUUUCAACGAGUCCAAUCCGCUCAACCCCACUGCUGGAGAAAUCCGGCUUGGAGACAAGACAUUGUCAGCGAGCGAUAUCGCCAAUGAUAUGGAGCUUCAACGUGCUUUCCAGAUCAUGUCUCUCUGCAACGUUUCUACUGUCACUGCUCCAAGCGGCGACGAGAAUCAGUGGACCGCUACAGGAGAGCCCACCGAGAUCGCUCUACAAGUCAUGGCUAUGAGAGUCAAGUGCGGCAAGCAAGACACACUCUCCCGCGACGGCUUGAGACUUCUGACGGAACACUCUUUCGACUCAGCCGUAAAGCGAAUGUCCGCUGUCUAUGCCAACCAGGCCAAUCGUGAAUUGGUCACGUUCACCAAGGGCGCCACAGAAGUGCUGCUCACUCUCAUGAACAUCAACGAGGCGACUGCAAAAGUCAUCGCCGCCGAGGCCGACUCCAUGGCUUCUGAGGGUCUGCGUGUGCUCUGUCUGGCGUACCGCACGCUCCAAGACGACGACUUCGAUCGUGUUGACGAUCGUACCUACGUGGAGCAGCAACUAUCCUUCGCUGGUCUCGUCGGCAUCUACGAUCCGCCUCGCCUCGAAUCAGCGAGCGCCAUCAAGCAGUGUCAGACUGCUGGCAUUACCGUGCACAUGCUCACGGGAGAUCAUCUCAAAACCGCCUCGACUAUCGCUCACGAGAUCGGCAUUUUGGGGCCUCAUGUUGUCGGCUCCUCGUCUGCCGACGCCGUCAUGACUGCUUCAGUCUUUGACAAGAUGACCGAUGCUCAGCUCGACCAGUUGGAGGUCCUCCCUCUCGUCCUCGCCCGCUGCAGUCCCACCACCAAGCUCCGCAUGCUCGACGCUCUGCACCGCCGUGGUAAAUACUGCGUUAUGACAGGCGACGGCGUGAACGACAGUCCCGCUCUCAAGGGCGCCGAUGUUGGUAUUGCAAUGGGUCUCAACGGCAGCGACGUCAGCAAAGAAGCCGCCGAUAUGGUCCUCACAGACGACAACUUCGCCUCCAUCGUCUCCGCCAUCCGCGAAGGCCGUCGCCUCUUUGACAACAUCCGCAAAUUCCUGCUGCACUUGCUCAUCUCCAACAUCGCACAAGUCAUCCUCCUGCUCAUUGGCCUCGCCUUCGAAGACAGAGAUGGAACUUCGACCUUUCCGCUUUCACCGCUGGAAAUCCUCUUCGCCAACCUGGUCUCUUCCUCCUUCCUCGCCAUCGGCUUAGGCCUCGAAGAAGCUUCUGCAGACGUCAUGACUCGUCCACCGCACAGCUUGAAAGCAGGCGUGUUCACUAAAGAACUCAUCGUCGACAAAUUCGUGUACGGCACUUGCAUGGGCAGUCUUUGUCUCGCUUCCUUCUGCAUCGUCGCUUACGGCGUUGGCGACGGAGACCUGGGGACGGACUGCAACCACAGCUACAACGACACCUGUGACCUCCCAUACCGCGCUCGCGGCACAGCCUACAGCAUCCUCACCGUCCUCCUCUCGAUCAUGGCCUGGGAAGCGAAACAUCUUGACCUCUCCCUCUUCAACAUGUACCCAGCCGAGGACUCCCGCAAAGGCUUGUCGUUCUUCAGCACCGUUACGAAGAACAAGUUCCUCUUCUGGGCGGUCAUGGCGGGUUUGGUCACUCCAUUUCCGAUUAUCUAUGUUCCGUUCAUAAACAAAGUUGUGUUUAGGCACUUGCCGUUGACGUGGGAGUGGGGGUUGGUGUUUGGCAGCGUGGUCAUCUUCGUGGCGCUUGUGGAGAGCUGGAAGGCUGGCAAGCGGUAUCGCAAGGCGAAGAAGGUGAAGAAGAGUGGUGGCGUGCUGGUUGAGAGGGUGGUUGUUGAGGAGAAGGGGUCGGUCUAGGACGACUGACUGAAGGAGGGAAGGGAAGGGCAGACGUCUGAGGCGAGCUGCUGGUGAGAGGCUGAUUUGAUUUGGACCGAUUUGUUUUUGGGGUUGCAAUGCUGCAACUGUACACUCCUUACCGGCGUUUGCGAGAUGCGUUCGAAACAGAUUGACACAUGGUGGCGAUGAGCGAUACGUUCAACAAACAGUACAUAUGUGGUAUCAAUGCGCUUUACACAGCGCUUGAACGAGA